AUGCAAGUUAGAUGCCCAGAGUGUUUCAAUCAUAAUAAUCCGGAAAAUAGUUUAAAAAUUCCAAUUUCUAAUUUUGAAUCACAUUUUUCAUUAUAUCAUUAUGUUGAAUGUAAAUAUGAUAAAAAAAAAUAUAAAUGUGUUGAAGAUUCAUGUAUAAAACAAAGAGGAGAUAGAUUUUGCAAAUCAUUCUUAACUGAAUACAAUGUUGCUUCUUAUAAAAGGCAUUUGAUUAGAAAACAUUUUCAAAAACCCUCAAAUAUUGGAAAUAAUAGUUCAUUUCAAUUUCAAGAUUCUACAAAUUCAAUUGAAUCUAUGGAAAUUGAUACUACACAACCUGAAAUAUCUUCUAUUUCAGAAAACAGAAAUUAUCAAGAUUUUCUUCAAACUAAUAGUGAAAAUGAUUUAUGGCAAUUUGAAGAAGAAUUAGAUUUAUUUGAAGAACCAUUUUUAAUGGAAAAUGAAGAAUUAAUGCCCUUAACAAUUACAGAAUGGGAAAUUUAUUAUAAAAAAUUGAUAUUUCAAUUUUUUGAUAACUGUCCAGGAACAGAAAAGUAUUUUAAACAAUUGAAGCAUUUUUUAACAGAUGCAAUAGCACCGUUGAAAUCACAAGAAACUAUUAAUGCUAAAUGCGGUUUGUUAAAAAUAUCCUGUGAAAAUAUAAUAAAAGAUGGCAAGAAAUUGAUACAAAACUUAGACAUUACUGAUGAGAAUGAAAUUAUUGUGCCAAGAGAUGAUAUAAAUAAUGAAUCUAUAAGAAAAGACAGAGAAUUUUUUUACUAUUUGCCAUUAGAAGAAUCAGCACCAUUAUUAAUGAAAAAACUUCAAAUUCCACCUGUUGAAAAAUUGAGAAUAAUUUUAUAUGCUGAUGACAUACAAUCAAAUAAUCCUUUAAGUUCUCAUCGUGCUACAGGAUCAUUUUUACAUGUUUCAUAUAAAAUUCAUUUGCCAGGAAAUACUGAAGUUGCUAAAUUAACUUCAAAAGUUAAGAAUAUACAAACUAUUGGAGUAAUUAAAUCAGAAGUUACAAAAACAACAAAAUAUGACAAAUUAUUAAAAUUUUUAAUUGAUAAAAUUGAAAAUCUUCAAAUUGAUUACAAAAAAAAGAUUGUAAAAUUUGAAAUUAUGGCAUUAGCUGGAGAUCAUGUUUUCCUUCAAGAUGUUUAUCAUUUACCAAAAUCAUUCAAUGGAAAUGGUGGCUCAUGUUGUAGAACAUGCUUAAUAGAAAAUCGUCAUUUUCAUUUGUUUAGAAAAUGUGAAGAUGUCAACAAAGAAGAUGUGUUGCGAUACAAUCAAUUUGAAGCAAGUGUAAAAUAUCCGCUGAAUGAAUACUCUGAUCCAUUCCAUGAUCUACUUGAAGGAAUUUUAGGAGAUUGUAUUUAUGGAACAUGCCAGAAAAUAGCUUUUUAUGACAAGAAAUUUCAAAAAAAGCAUAUUGAAACUUCUAUAAAUUGGAAUGAAGUUGAAAAAGAAAUAAGAAUUUUAAAUAAAUCUGAUAAAAAAAGUCAAAAUAUUUCAACAGUUAUUAGAGAUGGAUAUUUUGCUUCAAAAUUAUCAUUUGAGAAUCCCCAAAAGAAAGAUUCCUUCACUCUUACAGGGGCAGAACAGUUAUCAUUUGGAAGGGCAUUAUGGAAACUUUGGAGUAGUCAAAAAGGAUUAGAAAUUUUUGCUGAAGCAGAUACAGAAAUUUUCUUAAAUGCAAAAGAAUUAUUAGGAAAAAUUCUUAAUGUUUGUCAAUUAACGUUUAUGAAAAAAGAAUUUUUUGAUAAUGAUAUUGCAAUUUUAGAAAAAGAAAUUAAUAGUUUUCAAAAUCUAUAUUAUAAUUUUAUGCAUCCAGAAACAAAAGAUACAAUGAAAUUACAUUCAAUAUUACAUUACCCACUUUUUGCAAAGAAUUACCGAUCAUUAUGGGUAAUUAAUUGUAUCCGAUUUGAAUCAAGUAAUAGACGGAUAAAAAAAUUACAUUCAAUUAGCAAUAAUAAAACAAAUCCAUCAUUUACAAUCAUGGGGAAACUUGUUCAAAAAUAUGUUGCAAAAAACAUUUGUAAAAUAAAUCAAUCAUACAUAAAAUAA